UCUUCUCCGGCGUGGUAUUGCCCCCCGCAUGACGCUUAUAUGGUCUUCGGCACAGAACCCAUCUCUCGGCCGCUCUUGUCUUUGUGUAAGUAGGGCCGCAUCAGAUGCCCGCUGUGUAUGCUUUCUGUCGUAACAACGACAGAAGACGGUUGUGAGAUUAGUGCGAAUCUGACACUUCCGCCGGCCGGCUAUAUGGCUAUCCUGCUGAGUCUUGGCUCCGCCACCACAACCGAGGCCAGGAUCCCGGCCCCGAUGAACACAUGGUCUCAGCCCUAGAGGUAAUGCUGUCCAUGUUCAUUCAGAUAAAGAUAAGUGCGUGCGUGGUUCGCAAUCCAAGCCGUAAGAGCUUCAUCUCUCUCCUUCAGUCAUGAUUUCACACAAUGAAACUCAGCCGACUACGGCGUCACUUGCUAGUGGGCAGGAUGCAGACAAUCAGGCCGUACGAGAAAUAAGGAAACUUGUCAUCGACAUCUGUCGUCAGAACGGCGGAGGGCACGGUGGCUCUGCAAUUGGCAUGGCACCGUUAGCUGUUGCUCUCUGGAAGCACACGAUGCGCUACAACCCGCAGAACUCUGAAUGGUUCGACCGAGAUCGUUUCGUCUUGUCCAACGGUCAUGCAGCUAUGCUGCUGUACACGAUGCUUCACGUGUCUGGCUACCCACACGUCGUUGCUGAUGAGCUGAAGCUCUAUGGCAGUGCAAAGACUGUUGAUCCGGAGACUGGAAAAUGGCUUGCCACCAUUUGCCAUGGUCAUCCAGAAAUCGAGGUGCCAGGAGUCGAAGUCACGACAGGUCCACUUGGACAGGGCGUCGCAAACGCAGUGGGGCUUGCCAUUGCGUCCAAGAACCUGGCUGCAUCCUUCAACAAACCCGACGUGGAGCUCAUCUCCUCUCGUAUCUACUGUGUAACAGGAGACGGAUGCCUCCAAGAGGGUGUUGCCAACGAGGCUAUCGCUAUCGCUGGCCAUUUGAGGCUAGAUAACCUGGUCCUGCUUUACGACAACAACCAAGUGACGUGCGACGGGCCGCUAGACUGGAUUGUAUCUGAAGAUACCAAUGCAAAAGUAGCGAGUAUGGGCUGGAACGUCAUCGAUGUUAUGGAUGGCGAUUCUUCGGUUGGUAGCAUUGUCCAAGCUCUGGCUGAUGCGAAAGAAUACAAAGGCAAGCCGACAUUCAUCAACAUUCGCACAACCAUUGGCCACGGUACCUCGACAGCGGGAACUUUCAAGUCGCACCACGGGACCUAUAGCGACGAAGACGCUGCCAAGUACGCUACAGCUGGAGUCGAGACAAGCCAUACACUAUCCGAGGCUACUCGAAGGUAUUGGCAACAGGCGGGCGAGCAGGGCCGACGAAAGGAAGAAGAGUGGAAACAAAAGCUUGACCGGUAUACGGCCGCGUACCCGGAAUUGGCGGCGCAGCUGCAGCAACGUAUCGAGGGCAAGAUCGACGUGGAAGCGAUUUUGGGGUCUCUUGAAAUUCCGAGGACGGCGACUGCGACGCGACAAUUCAACGGGGUGGUGUUUGGUAAACUCAUGGAGUCGAUACCCAAUCUAUUCGCGGGCGGCGCAGACUUGUGGAACUCGAACCAAAUGGGGGAUCAGUCGGAGCGCAUCUUCGAUGGAGCGCAUCCGGAGGGACGUGUGGUGCGUUAUGGUAUUCGAGAGCAUGCCAUGGCGUCCAUCUCCAACGGGCUCGCUGCGUACUCGCCGGGGUGCUUCCUGCCUGUGACGGCAACGUUCUUCAUGUUCUAUCUGUACGCUGCAGCGGGCGUGCGGAUGGGGGCAUUGAGCGACCUCAAGGUGAUCCACAUUGCGACGCACGACUCGAUUGGCGAGGGCCAAAACGGACCUACGCAUCAGCCGGUGGAGCUGGACUCGCUCUUCCGAGCGAUGCCCAAGCUGCAAUACAUUCGACCAGCCGACAGUGAAGAGGUCAUCGGGGCGUGGAUGGCGGCGAUUGUGGUGGAGCAUGCGCCCAGCAUCAUCUCGCUGGCUCGAGACCCAGGGCUCUCGCUGAUCUCUGGCACGGACCGACACCGGGUUCUGCGUGGCGGCUAUGUGGUGGAAGAAACAGGCGAGGCAGAAGUGACGCUUGUGUCGUGUGGUUCCGAGCUAGAGUUUGCCGUUGCGGCGAGCAAGGAGCUGAACGCGGGGGGGAUCCGCACGCGCGUGGUCAGCAUGCCGUGCAUCCGGCUGUUCGAGGAGCAGCCCGAAGCGUACCAGGACUCGGUGCUGUCGGAGAGCAAACACGUUGUAUCGGUUGAGGCGUAUGUGUCGAGCAUGUGGGCGCGCUUCUGCUCGGCUUCGGUGGCCAUGGAUUCGUAUGGAUACUCGGGAGCGGGACGGGAGAACAUGCGUCGGUUUGGCAUUGACACCGAGGGGGUGGUGCGCAAGGUCAGGGCGCUAGUCGCAGGCGCAAAGACGUCAGGGCCACGCCGGCGGUGGCAGCUGUUGCGGUAG